AGGAUACUACUCGAACACAAUCUGUAGUCAUCCUCUAUUCAUAAACGGCAAAGUGGAAAGCAUAAAAUCCGCCGCGAGACGUAAGCUUCACCACGAGUUGAACGUGCCUUUGGAUCAGGUAGAUACCAAACAGAUGAAUUUAAUGACCCGCAUUCACUACCACGAUCCUUUUGAUGGCGUGUGGGGUGAGCACGAAAUGGAUUACAUCCUGGUGAUGCAGGCAGACUUGGACAUAGAAUUCAACCCAAACGAGAUUGAAGAGUUUCACUGCGUGCCCAGGAACGAGUUUGAUGACUUCAUGGCAUCCCUAGAAGGGCCCGUAACUCCCUGGUUCAACAUGAUAUGCCGCAACCGUCUCCAAUUCUGGUGGGACAAUCUGAAUCGGCUUAAGGAAAUCGCCACACCCGAGAAAAUUGAAACUCUAGAACAUAAUCGGAAAAUAAAUAAAUACUAA